CAUAAUGCAUUGCAUACUUCCACACUGAGCUGUCACCACAUCUUCUCUCUUUAUCAUCUUACUUAAUCAGUAGAAGAAUCUCUCCACAAAACCCAAUGUUACAUGCUUCUUCUAUUCUUGCAUGUUUAAUUUUGAGGAAGACGUCACCAUCAUCUUAAUUCAAUUCUCUUCAAAGAAAUCUUUUGCCAAGCGCUACAAAUUUGAGGCCUGCAGCGAGAAAUUUGUCAAUCAAGUGGAAAAUGGAUGGCAGCCCACUUCGGCACAUUGGAAAAAGAUCAAUGGGUUUUGUUUUGAUUUUGAUGUCUUGGCUCCUUUUUUUGGUUCCAUCAACUGUUUUGUUGCAGAUGCAUACGAUCCUUUGGAUCCUCGUGGCAAUGUUACUAUCAAAUGGGAUCUCAUGCAAGACAACGACGGUACACAAGACGUCAGGGUAUCAAUUUUCAAUUACCAGCUUUUCCGACACGUAGAGCCACCUGGAUGGAAAUUAAGUUGGAUAUGGCCGGGUAAUGGGGUAAUCUGGGACAUAUGGGGAGCUGAGGCCACUGAACAGGGAAACUGUUCUGCAUUUAGAGGAAGACAGCUUCCUCAUUCUUGCGAAAAGAAACCAGUUAUCGUCGACCUUUUACCUGGAGCCCCUUACAACAAGCAGGUGGCAAAUUGUUGCAAGGGAGGGGUUUUGACAUCUCUGUCACAAGACCAAGCAAAAUUUGGGGCUUCUUUCCAGAUGAACAUAGGUAGUUCUUCCGUAAAUGGUGGUCCAAUACCAGGCGUCCCUGCAAACUUCAGUCUUGGACUCCCGGGUUAUACUUGUGGCGAUCCGUUCAAGGUCCCUCCAAGCAAGUUCAUUGAGGAUCAAGGCCGGCGAAGGACUCAAGCUCUUGGUACCUGGAAUGUUACUUGUUCGUACUCACAGUUCAGAGCAUCAGUUUCCCCAACCUGUUGUGUUUCCCUGUCUGCAUUCUACAAUGACACAAUUGUUCAUUGCCCAAAAUGCAGUUGUUCUUGCCUAGGACAACCUGGAGCAAAAUGUGUCAAGCCUGGUGAACUGCCUCCUGUAUUGCAGGUACAACAGGAUCAAGAACCGGAGCCUGUGGUUCUGUGUACGCAUCAUAUGUGCCCAAUACGGGUGCACUGGCAUGUGAAGCUAAGUUAUACACAGUACUGGAGAGUGAAGCUGACAGUUACAAACUUAAAUCUUGUCAAGAAUUAUAGUCAGUGGAACUUGGUAGUGCUGCAUCCCAACUUGAGAAACAUAACACAGGUCUUCAGCUUCAAUUAUAAGCCUUUAAAUCCAUACGGCCAAAUCAAUGACACCGGAAUGUUCUAUGGAAUUCAGUAUUACAAUGACAUGCUGCUGCAAUCAGGGGAGAGCGGAAAUGUGCAGACAGAGCUAUUGCUGCGCAAAGAUCCAGGGCUUUUUACUUUCAGGAACGGAUGGGCUUUCCCAAGAAAGGUUUCCUUCAAUGGUGAGGACUGUGUGAUGCCUCUACCUGAUGAAUUCCCAAGACUGCCAAAUGCAGACCAGUUGGAGGCACAGCCAUUACCAAUCUCCAUCGUAAUUCUGUUAUCAUUCAUUGUAUAUUCAAUGAUUGCAUGAAAUUUUUGUUGUCCAAUCAAAGAUUCUUAGAGAUGCAUGCCUAUGUGAAAUUAAAAGGCUUAAUUGCAAACUGUACCCUUAAACUAGUACCGGUUUGUACAUUGCACCCCAAACUAUGAAUUGUAGCAAUAUACUGCCUUUAUCUUGAAUUUUUUA